AUGACCGGCGUCGCAGGGCCGAAUUCGUUAGCUACCGAAUUCGAGACAUCGCGGGUUCCUGGAUCUAACGGCGCCGAGGCUAAUUACCCUUUACGGACUGCAUCCUCAGCGCCACCGCUUUCUUUCUCGCUUCGCCUCGCAUCGCAUCGCAGUGUUGAUGGCGCCAACUCCGUGACGUCGCCGCGCGCACCUGCUGACGGACGUUUCUCUCGGAAAACGCGGCUGCCAGAGGAAGCUGCCCGCCAAGGAGAUGCUCUUACUCACGCGAAUUGGCGUUGCGAAUAUAAGUCAGAGAGGCGUUCGAGCGGUGAUUGCGUCAUCGCCUCGCACCGGAGAAUGAGGGAGCGGAGCGGAACGGAGCAGACGCGGCUGGCAGGCUACACCAGGAACGUAAUUCGCCUACCGUGGCGUGCACACGCCAACGCUGAUUCGCCACGCGCCUCCGUGCAACCAGCAGCGGCCACGCACUGCUCCUCGCGGUUUAAAAUAUCACCUGCCCAGCUGCGCAUCUGGAGCAGACAAACGCCCGGCCUCCAAUGA